AUCUAUAUUUUAGCUUAUCGCCGGCUUACACCUUCGUCUCUAUGUUCAGGAAACUAUUAUUAUUGUUAAUUUGCCAAUGGAGUUUGUUUGGCGGUGGAGAAGCAGCUUUCAUUUAUCUAUCAUAUCCUUCUUCGCAACUUCAUUUUCCUACUGUUUGCUCCUCCAUUUCGCCAAAUUUAUAUUGUUUGCUUUCAUUUCUCAACAGUUUUUACCAGCAAUUUCUUUCUCAGCGAGAAGCAGGUAAGUUCAUCGAAAUUUAGAUAUGCGUCUGUAAAUGUAGAGUAGUUAUAUUUGUAACAAAAAACUGAGCUCUCCUUCCUUCUUAAUUGCUCUUAACUUUCUUUCAUAGUUUCAUGGCAUCCACUUCCGGAGCUAGUCAACUGCUCCUUGAUUCAUCUUAACCUUCAUUUCCACGUCGGAAGUACGAUGUUUUUUUGAGUUUCAGGGGAGAAGAUACACGCAGAUCGUUUACGGAUCAUCUCUUUGCUGCGUUGUGUCGAGUUGGCGUUCACACUUUUAGAGACGCAGAAGAGGUCCAUAAAGGAGAGGAAAUCUCCAUUGAGCUCAUCAAUGCGAUUAAGGAGUCUAUGAUUUCAGUUAUCAUAUUCUCCAAAAAUUACGCCUCCUCCAGUUGGUGUCUUAGGGAGCUCGAGGAGAUACUGAAAUGUAGAAAGCGGGGACAUCAAGCACUUCUUCCCGUAUUCUACGAUGUGAAGCCUUCUGAGCUCCGCAAACAAACAGGUGGAUUUGUUGAUGCAGUGACUCUACAUCGACAACGCUUUGGGGACAAACAAGUUAGCCAGUGGAAAGAUGACCUAAAGGAGGUUGCAGAUUUCUCGGGUUGGGAUUUGCAGAACGACUCUGACGGGUAUGAAUCAAAAUUAAUUGACAAGAUUGUAGAAACAGCUCUACAAUUGGUGAAUCGUACAUACUUGAAUGUUGCAAAACACCCUGUUGGAAUUCAUACUCGUGUUAGAGAAAUGCUUUCUUUACUGCAAAGUGAACCAAAUGGUGGCGUUCGUGUGAUUGGGAUUUAUGGCAUGGGUGGGGUAGGGAAAACAACCCUAGCAAAAGCCGUAUUUAAUGAAAUUUGUGGAACAUUUGAAGGUAGUUGCUUUCUUGCAGAUGUUAGCUCACAAUGUUUGGACAGAAACAGUGCAGGUUUAAAACAUUUACAAAAGCAGCUCCUUUGUAAAACUCUUGACACAACUAGAUUUAAUGUUGAUCAUGUUGAUGAAGGAAUUAGUUUGAUCAAAUUAAGGCUUGGAUUAAAAAAACUUCUCAUUGUUGUUGAUGAUGUAGACCAUGAGAGUCAAUUAGAUGCAUUAGUAGGAGAGCGAGAUUGGUUUGGUUCAGGCAGUACAAUUAUCAUCACAACUAGACAUGUUAAUUUGCUGAAUGGCCCUGGAAAAGAUUAUGAAAAGUAUAAAGUUGAAGUGUUAAGCUCCAAGGAAUCUUUGCAACUCUUUAGCUUGUAUGCUUUUAAUAAUCCAAACCCUUCGGAGGCUUUUGUAGAGCUAUCAAACAUGAUAGUGAGUUAUGUUGGGGGGCUUCCUUUGGCACUUAUUGUUCUAGGCUCACAUUUUCGAGCAAGAUCAUCAGUUCAAGAAUGGAGGGGUGACUUUGAGAAGUUAAAAAAAAUCCCUCAUGAUGAUAUUUUGAAGAAGCUCAAAAUUAGUUAUAAAGCACUAGAUGAUGAUACUCAAAGAAUCUUUCUUGAUAUUGCUUGUGCUUAUACAUAUGGACAAGUGGACAACUCAACAAAGAAGAAAUUGUUAUGAUAUUAAAUAGUUGUGGUUACCAUGCUCAAAGUGGUAUUUCAGUUUUAAAGGAUAAAUGCCUGUUAACAGAAGGAGAUGUAAAUUUUCAUAUGCAUGGUUUAGUUCGGGAUAUGGGGAGAGCAAUUGUUUACAAGGAAUCUCUUUACCCUGAAAAAAGAAGUAGAUUGUUUUUAUCUGAUGAAGUUUUGGAUGUGCUCUUGAACAACAAGGGCACUGAAGCAAUUCAAACUAUGACGGUAGAUGUGCAAACAAAUGUGCCUUUGAGUACGAAGAACUUUAUAUGCUUGGAGGUUUUAUGUCUUGAACAUUGUGAGGAACUUAAAAGAGCCCCAAAUUUCAGUGGAGCACACAGUCUAAAGAAAC